CUUCAAUGUGGUAGGGACGUCCCAAGAAUCCCGGAUAGCAAGGACCUUUACAUAAGCAGUCACUCCGCCAACGAUUUAUAUAAACACCAUUAGACUCUGCCCUCAGCAUUAGGCAUUUGACGAUUUGUGUUGCAACAAGCAAGUUGCCUGAACUUCUAUUUGCUGAUUGUUUUCGGGGUAAUACGAGACAGACAGACAGACGCUAUGUCACGGCGCGUGUGUGUGAUUGGAGGGGGAAGUUCAGGUCUGACCAGCAUCAAGAGCUGUCUGGAUGAGGGUCUGGAGCCCACCUGCUUUGAGAGCAGUGACGACAUCGGGGGACUGUGGAGGUUCAAGGAGAACCCAGAGGCUGACAGGGCCAGUAUCUACCACUCUGUUAUCAUCAACACCUCCAAGGAGAUGAUGUGUUUCUCUGACUUUCCCAUCCCAGCCCACUUCCCCAACUACAUGCACAACUCCCUCAUCAUGGACUACUUCCGCAUGUACGCCGAACACUUCCAACUCACCAAGCACAUACGCUUCCAGAUCAGAGUCCUCCAGGUGAAGCCAAGACCAGACUUUUCUCGUUCGGGCCAGUGGGAUGUGGAGACGGAGAACAAGAAGGGAGAGAAGGAGAAACAUAUCUUUGAUGCUGUGAUGAUCUGUAUAGGACACCACUGUCACCCCAACCUGCCUCUACACGAUUUCCCAGGUAUCGACACAUUCAAGGGCCAGUACUUCCACAGUCGGGACUAUAAGACGGCAGAGGAGUGGCGGGGGAAGAGGGUGGUGGUGAUCGGCAUCGGCAACUCUGGAGGAGACAUCGCUGUGGAACUCAGCAGGGUCACCAAACAGGUAUUCCUCAGUACCAGGCGUGGGGCAUGGAUCCUCAACCGUGUGGGUCAAGAAGGGGUGCCCAUCGACUUUCAAUUGAACAGAAGGGUGUUAAAGAUGGUCCAGUCUGUACUGCCCUUUGGCCUGGUCUGCAGACUGGGAGAGAACAAAGUCAACCAGAGAUUCAACCACAGCCUCUACUCUCUACAGCCCAAACACAGGCUGUUCAGCCAGCACCCUACAGUGAAUGAUGAGCUGCCCAACCGGAUCCUGUCUGGCACAGUGCAGGUCAAACCCAACAUCCGCAGGAUCCAGGGGUCCAGCAUUGAGUUUGACGACGGAACCAUGGAGGACAACAUAGACUUGGUGGUGUUUGCCACUGGUUACAACUUCUCCUUCCCCUUCCUACCGUCCAGUAUGCUGCCGGUUUCCGGUAACAAGGCCAAUCUGUAUAAGUACAUGUUCCUUCCGGGGUUAGAGCGUCCCACACUGGCCGUUAUAGGGCUGGUGCAGCCACUUGGAGCCAUCAUGCCCAUCUCUGAAAUGCAGGCCCGAUGGGCCACCAGGGUCUUCAAAGGGCUGAAUACUCUUCCCUCAAUGGACUGCAUGUUGAAGGACAUUAAACACAAGGAGGAGACAAUUGCCAAGAGGUAUGUGACCUCCCAGAGACACACCAUCCAGGUGGAAUACAUUGACUACAUGGACCAGAUAGCUUACCAGGUGGGGGUGCGUCCCAGCCUCCUAGGGUUGUUGCUGCGGGAUCCUGGUGUGUGGCUGCGUGUGCUGCUGGGGCCAUGCACCCCGUACCAGUACCGUCUGAGAGGGCCGGGACAGUGGGACGGGGCCCGACAGGCCAUCCUGACUACGUGGGAUCGGAUGGCAGGAGCCCUGAAGACCAGGCCCUCGGACAUCCCUGAGCCCAAGCAGAGUUCCCUACCCCUGACCCUAACCAUGGGGGCUGCUGCCCUGGCUCUGGGGUACUACUGGAACAUACACAACCACCCAUCCCUCCUCAACGCCCUGGACCCCACCACCUGGCAGGAAAAGAUCAAACCAUACCUGCCAGUGUUGUGGUAACUCACCAGCGAUCAAACCCAGGCUGUGACUGGGUGUUAGCCCAGUCAUGUUAGCCUAGCCCUCAGCCAUUGCACCUAUUUAUUCAAUUCCAGUACAAGUACACCUAAACCAGCUGUACUAGUGGUGGUAUAGAACAAAUAUGUUUAAGGACUGAGGGUCCCAGAGUACUGGGUAUUGUAACACUGGUUUGGUUGACUAAUGCCCAUUAGCCCACUGAGCUAAAGCCAAGGAGGUCACCUCCGUUACACCAGGACAGUGACCUGAAACAAACUCAUAAAGAUGAGCUAUUAACCAGAAAUACAGAAAUGCAAUAGCAGGCAGCAAUCACUAACCUGACUGUCUGUUAAUUAAUCUGCCAGGUCAUCUUUGUGAAAGAUGAGAGUUCUACCAACUAAUCAGGGAACACAAAUUAUGUUAAUAUGAAUCUCUCAUAACCAAUAAUUCACAGAAUGGAUGCACAGAAUUGGAAACAAUACACUAAUAUUGCACUAUGCAUUAUCCACAGUAUGGUGCCUGUUCUCAUAAUUGCUUGGAUUCAAUUUUACUUGAUGCCACAGUGCCUUAGACUGAUCAGAUAUAUUGUAAUGUCAUUUAUUUUGUUCUAUAACCUUAUUUUCUAAAUAGCAAAAGUAUUUUAGAAGAGUGUGGCAUCUUUGCUAUAAACCACUAAAGUGUGGCCUAGAGACAACCCCCCCCCCCUCCUUGUCUGUCAUCCCUUUCAGAGCUAUACAGGUGCCUAGGGUGGUAGGAGACAGGAGGUAGUUGCUAGGCAUGGUGUCUGGAUGUUUAAAGAGCCACUGAACACUCGAUUGGCACGUUUUUCUGAUGCUCAUUAUAAAAUGUUGAUUUCUGGAUCGAUUUGGCGUUUGGUUAAUUAUGUUUGUCCCCCAUGAGACACUGUAGAUGCGGAAGCCUGUUUCACUUCCUCAAAAUCCCCAGAAUGAAUCUAACAUAACUCAAGAAAUCUGUAAUUAAUUUUGAUGUUUUUGACGAGGAUGUUGCGCAAUUUUACAUCCAAGGUGUUUGGUGCAGUAUUUCUCAAGUAAAAAAAUGUGCAAUGUGUUGUCUUAUGUAAGCAAAGUUAGAGCUGCUGGGCAGGUCGGUCUCACUGUCAAUGCUAUUGGAGAGCGAGCAAUCCACACAGCUGUUCACCCCAUGUUAGUUGGCAAAUGGACAUCAUCAAAUCAAAACCCAAGCUUAAUUUACCCGUUGUGACGCACAGAUGGUCCAAACUCUGUUUUAGAUGAGAUGACUUUAUGACCAAAAUUAUUUUACACUAUGUAGUCAAUUUUGACACUAGAAUAACUGUUUCUUGCUAAUUUGUUGUCACAUAGGCCAUUUUCAAAGGGAUUUGUUGCUUUUUAAAGGCAGUCGCACUUUAAAGCUAGAAUCUUUUGUUGCUACAUCUUAUUUUUGACUAAUUAUAUGUACCCAUUUAUUAGAAAUGCCUCUUGCUUACGUCAAAUGUCGUACCCAAUCCGAACCCAAAAUACAAGCUAAUUUUACUCAAAUGUUUGUAAACAAUGCAUAUUUAAACAAACACUGUGUAGCCUCAACAUUAAAACGUUCAUUUAGAUUUCA